AUGGAUAGCAAUGAGUUUCGUAAACGUGGCGGUGAAAUGGUGGAGUAUAUAUGCCAAUAUCUGGAGACAUUAAAGGAUAGACGUGUUACACCAAGUGUUGAACCUGGAUAUUUGAGACAUUUAUUGCCACCUGAAGCACCUCAGCACCCUGAGGAUUGGGAUAAAAUUAUGGCGGAUGUUGAGGACAAAAUAAUGCCGGGUGUAACCCAUUGGCAGCAUCCACGAUUUCAUGCCUACUUUCCAGCUGGCAAUUCAUUCCCCUCCAUACUCGGUGAUAUGUUGGGUGAUGGUAUAGGUUGUAUAGGAUUUUCUUGGGCCGCUAGUCCUGCCUGUACGGAGUUAGAGACUAUUGUAUUGGAUUGGUUGGGUAAGGCCAUUGGUUUGCCAGAUCAUUUUUUGGCAUUGAAGGAAGGUAGUACUGGAGGUGGUGUUAUACAGACUUCUGCAUCUGAAUGUAUAUUGGUAACAAUGUUGGCAGCCCGAGCUCAAGCCUUGAAACGUCUUAAGUCCCAACAUCCCUUUGUUGAGGAGUGUCAACUUCUAUCGAAACUAAUGGCGUAUUGCUCCAAAGAAGCCCACAGUUGUGUGGAAAAGGCGGCCAUGAUAUCAUUUGUUAAGCUGAGAAUUUUGGAACCCGAUGAGAAUGCCAGUUUAAGGGGAGAAACCAUUGCUGAGGCCAUGGAAGAAGAUGAAUUGCAGGGGUUUGUACCCUUCUUUGUGUCCACAACAUUGGGCACCACUGGCUCAUGUUCUUUCGAUAAUUUAUAUGAAAUUGGUCAAGAGCUACAAAAAUUCCCUGGAGUUUGGCUGCAUGUGGAUGCGGCCUAUGCCGGUAAUUCUUUUAUAUGUCCAGAGUUGAAGCCAUUGUUAAAGGGUAUUGAAUAUGCCGACUCAUUUAAUACGAAUCCAAACAAAUGGCUAUUGACCAAUUUUGAUUGUUCCACGUUGUGGGUACGUGAUCGUAUCCGGUUGACCUCAGCCUUGGUGGUGGAUCCAUUGUAUUUGAAACAUGGCUACUCUGAUGCUGCCAUCGAUUAUCGUCAUUGGGGUGUACCAUUGAGUCGACGUUUUCGGUCACUGAAAUUGUGGUUUGUUUUGCGUUCAUAUGGAAUUUCCGGACUACAAAAGUAUAUAAGACACCAUAUCGAAUUGGCCAAGCGUUUUGAACAGCAUGUGCUCAAAGAUAAACGCUUUGAAAUAUGUAAUCAAGUUAAGCUCGGUCUCGUUUGCUUCCGUUUGCAAGGUUCCGAUAAACUAAAUGAGAAACUGUUAAGUACCAUCAAUGAGUCGGGUAAAUUGCACAUGGUACCAGCCUGUGUUAAUGAGCGCUACAUUAUACGAUUCUGUGCCGUAGCACAAAAUGCUACCGAAGAAGAUAUUGAUUAUGCCUGGGAGAUUAUUGUUGACUUUGCCAAUGAACUGUUGGAGAAGGAACAACACGAUGAACUUACCGAGAUUAUCAAUAAAAAGAAAGAAGACACUUUGGCCAAGAAACGUUCGUUUUUCGUGCGCAUGGUCAGUGAUCCGAAAAUCUACAAUCCAGCAAUCAACAAGGCUGGAACACCAAAAGUAUCAUUGGAUAUAUCAUCGCCAGUUGUUAGCCAAAGGACAACAAAUCCCGUUAUACGUACACAAAGCUCUAUAGAUCACAAUUCUUGGAUAUCAUGGCCAUUGGCGUUUCUCUUCAACAGUAAUAACGAGGAUAGUGGUCAGAAGUCGAAUGUUUCAUUGCGAUUCCGUCAUUUGGAUACUAAUGUCAGACCUUCAACGUCUAGACGCAAUUCUGGUGCUGGCUCUUCACCAUCCCCAGAAAAUGAUUUGGGCGUUAUAAAUGUCUUAAAGUCUCCCAGGAAAUCACCAAAUAUGCCACGUAAGGGCAGUUAUUCUAAUAAUACUAGCAAUAAUCAUAAAUAA